CGUUGACGCAGGUUUCGCACAUGUAGUUCAGCCAGUAGGACAGUGGCAGUCGUCGGGCGCUGUCAAUAAAUUGAACCUCUAUAAAUUAUUGUGCGGUUUGGCGCGUAGUGAUGUGCUCACGGUGUAUUGAGAUUUCGAAAAAUUUUAAUUGACAGUAAGGCAACAAAUAUCAAAAUGGGAGGAGUUGAAAAAAAAGAUGGCAUUGUACUCAACAACUUCAAUUCAACAGCAAAUUUGACGUCGAAUUCCGGCUUCCAGUCUACUCUGACCCUCGGUUCAAAGGAGGUCAUAAAUGAAAAAGCUUAUGAUCCCUUCGAGCACCGAAAUGUUGAGCAUCCGACAUCGACUAUGGGCUCCCUUGCUCAUCUGCUCAAGUCGUCACUUGGUUCAGGCGUCCUGGCGAUGCCGGCAGCCUUCAAAAAUGCCGGUUUAGUAAUGGGCGUGAUUGGGAACAUAUUCAUAGGAUUCAUUUGUACACACUGUGUUUAUGUGUUGGUCAAAACGUCACAAGAAGUCUGCGUGGAAGCAAAGAAGCCCUCGAUGGGUUUUGCCGAAACUUGCGGUGCUGCUUUUGAAUUUGGACCAAAAAAAUUAAGACCCUGGUCUAACUUCGUGAGAAUAUUUGUGGACUACGCUUUGACAUGCACGUACUUAGCAGCUCUCUGCGUUUAUGUUGUAUUCAUCGCUGAGAAUUUCAAACAGGUCUUAGAUGUAUACGCUCCUAAUGACAAUCUUUCAGUGCAAGCAUAUUGUGCUUUAACCCUCGUCCCACUAGUUUUGAUGAGCCAAAUUCGCAACCUCAAAUGGCUGGUACCAUUCUCGGCUAUUGCUAAUGUUUUCUUAGUGAUAUGCUUCGGCAUUACCUUGUAUUACAUCUUCAAAGACCUCCCGGUUAAGAGUGAAGCGACAAUGGUUGCGAGUGUUUCAAAGUGGCCUUUGUUCAUCAGUACAGUGGUGUUCGCUAUGGAAGGUAUCGGCGUCGUGAUGCCAAUUGAAAACGAAAUGGCAAAACCGCAGCAUUUCCUCGGAUGUCCAGGAGUUUUGAAUGUGGCGAUGACUGUUGUAGUUACUCUAUACGGAUUAGUCGGACUCUUUGGGUACAUGACAUUUGGGGAUACUGUUCAUGGUAGUGUAACCUUAAAUCUGCCCAAAGAUGACGUUCUAGCGCAGGCCGCAAAAAUCCUAAUGGCUCUAGCUAUACUAUUCACGUAUAGCUUGCAGCUGUAUGUGCCAAUGGAAAUGAUCUGGAGACAAUUGAAAGACAAGAUAACCGUGAGGUAUCAUAACAUCACUCAAAUUGCUAUUCGAACUGCGGCAGUUGUAGGUUCUGUGAUACUUGCCGCUGCCAUUCCAAAUUUAGAACUGGUCAUCAACCUGUGCGGCGCCAUCUUCCUGUCAACUCUUGGCCUGCUUACUCCAGCCAUCGUUGACACCGUACACAACUGGGACAGAGGGCUCGGAUUCUUCUACUGGAAACUGUUUAAAAACAUAUUUAUAGCAAUGAUCUCUUUAUUAGCCUUCUUCGCUGGUACUUUCAUAGCCAUUCAAGACAUGGUAAACAAAAUUUCAGCAGACCCGGUAUUGGAAAAGCAUCUUAAUACGACUAGAUCUUAAUUCAAAAUAGCCGAAGCUAACAUAGCGUUGAUUACAAGAAAAAUAUGUUUUUCGCUUUGGAAGGAAAAAUACUCUUGAUGCUUGAGACCUUCGAACCACUGCCAAUACAUCAUGCGAACCUUAAAUAAUCUGUCAAAGCAACAUUGUGCUUUUAAAUAAUGACGUAAUAAAUAGGUUAAAUUGAACGAUACUGACCAGUGUUAGCUUUAAGUAUUUUUAAGCAAACUUGUUGAUUGAAUGAAUAUUUAAGCAGCACUCUCCUAUAAGGAUGCAAUGCUUAAAAGUAUAAGAGCUUAGUGGUAGAAAAUGUUAGUACAAAUUAUUUUUAUUUUAAUGAUUUUGAUAACAAUUACAUGAGUUUUUUUUCUACUAAUGGAUUAAAAAUCUUUUUUUUUUUAUGAUAUGAUUAUUUAUGAUACAAAACUCUAACGUGAUUGUGGUUAUAUAGUUCAUUUAGAAGCUAUUCAAAAUUAUGUUGAUUCCGAUAAAUACAUAAAUAUAUGUUUAUUUAUUGUAAAUAGGUUGAACAUGAACAACGAAAAGAAUAUUAGGACAAUGGAAAUAGCUUACAAAAUAUAAGAACGGAGUGUUCAUGGAUAUAACUAGAAAAUUUCUGUGAAUUUAUCAAAUGGGUUUUCUUGUUGAAUCACGGCAUACACCUUUAUUUUUUUUCAGCAAUUACUCAUCCUUGUACAUAUUGAUUUAAAAUCCUUAGAACGUGGUCUGUGUUGAGGUGCAGUCGAUAACAAUAACAGGCUGUUGUUCAGUCAUGGGAAAUUCAUGUGAGAUUUCUAGAAAUGUCUUUUUUACGAAUAGAUUUUUUCUUGUUUAAUACUACUCGCCGAUAGAUGCCGCUACUUUAUUAUUUUUAAAUGUUCAUAGUUUGAUAUGAGUUAAAACAGCAAAAAUAGCGGUAUUUUAGAAACAAAACUAUUACGAUAUAUAUAAUUAUGUAUAUGUAUAUAGCUUCAUAUUUUUGGACGUUUCUUCUAAUCAAAUCCAUAUUUUCUGCUAGAGCCGUAAUCCAAAUGAUAAUACUCGUAUGACAUCCUCGAACGCUCGAUCUAUAUUUCCAUGUCAUACUUUUCACAGUAACAACUUAAGGAGCGAGGAAUCAUGUCAGGUCGAAUUGAUCGAACCCUUAUCACACUUCAGAAUGUUUACGGUACUGUUUCUAGAUAUUAGGAUUAAUUCAGAUGUAAAACACGCAAAAUAACUCAAGAUUUUCGCAACAAAAAUGCUUAAUAUGAAUUUUGAUAUUGUUACACCGAUAAUAGUAACGCCAUCUAUCGCCGAAUAGUCGAACGAAUAUUGAUGGAUCUAGUAGCGUCUAGAAUGCUCGAGAAGUACAGCGCCAUCUAUUGUCAGAUAGCGGAAACACACAAUACUCGACUUUUGUGGAAUAUUCUCGACGAUGCUAGGGAUUUCGUCUCGACUUUAAAAGCGUUGCAGAGAUAGAGUACUCGAAGUGAAACAGCGAACGGAUCACCUGAAGCGAAGCGGUAGAAGAGAAUUGAGAAUUUUAAAGUAUUUGUGAAGUGUUUUAAGUGCUGAAUACAGUUUUUAGUUGUA